GUGCUAUCCCUAAACUGGUACUGAGUAAGGAAAGAGCAAAGCUGAGAGAGAAUGGCAAGCGAAGAAGAGAGCGCGGUGAAGGAGCCUUUGGAUUUGAUAAGGCUCAGCCUCGACGAACGUAUUUACGUCAAGCUCCGCUCUGAACGUGAACUCCGUGGCAAGCUCCAUGCUUAUGAUCAGCAUUUGAAUAUGAUUCUAGGGGAUGUUGAAGAGGUUGUUACUACAGUUGAAAUAGAUGAUGAAACCUAUGAGGAGAUUGUUCGGACCACAAAGCGCACGGUUCCAUUUCUGUUUGUAAGGGGUGAUGGAGUCAUACUGGUUUCUCCACCUCUAAGGACUGCUUGAUUAGAAGGAAGUAUCUAGCACACUUUCAGGGAAUGAACCGUCUUUUGUCAAAUUUCUUACUCUGGUCUGUUGAUUCUGUAGUCUCAUUGACCCUUUAAAAGAUUAUUGCCUACAUAUUGAUGGAAUAUUUGCACAUUUUUAGAUCAUUGGUAAUUUU